UGUAGUUGGACGCACGGUAGUUUCCAUUAUGUAAGCCUACAGUACGAGUGGCGCAAGGCCAGUUCCGGUGUGACUGCUGUUGCGUACAGGGGAAAAAAAAGAAAAGAAACUCCGGAUGAUCGGUGCCUUCUAACCAAUAGGAAACGAGAAACGAGGAGAGGUCAGAGCCGUAAAAUGUUUCCCCUCCAAUUGAAGAAUGGUUUUAGAAAAGAUGAAGACGAAAGAAUGCUUUGCAGUUUCCAGUUCAACUUCGUCUUUUCUCAUCAAAGAUAUUUUAGCAAUUAAUUCCAAAAAUGAAACCGCGGGAAUGUGUAACGAAGAUUUUAAAACUGAAAAAACACAAACUGCUCCUUUUUUGAAGUGUAGAAAACCCAGAAAAGCCAGGACGUCAUUCACCGACUAUCAGUUACAGAUAUUGGAAAAAAGUUUCCAUCAACAGAAAUACUUAAGUGUUCAGGAAAGAAUGGAAUUAGCUAAAAAACUUAACUUGACAGAUACACAAGUGAAGACUUGGUUUCAAAACAGAAGGUUAGGUUAUUUUUAUAUCAAAUAA